AUGCACCAAGAGAACAAAGUGGAAGAAGCAUUCAAAGAAAAGAGGAUGGAGUGCCAGAAUGGCUCUGCUGGCCUUAACGGGGACCCUACAAUGAUGGACAAACGUCUGGGAAAGGCCACUGUGCUUCAAAAGGAGGUGGGCCUGCUGAGUGCCAUCUGUCUGAUCGUGGGCACCAUGAUCGGCUCAGGCAUCUUCAUCUCCCCAAAAGGGGUCUUGCUCAAUUCUGGAGCUGUGGGACCCUGCCUCCUUAUCUGGACCGCCUGUGGAGUGUUAGCCAUGCUGGGAGCGCUGUGCUACACCGAGCUGGGCACCAUGAUCCCAAGUUCCGGAGGGGAGCAUUCCUAUCUGAUGGAGGCUUUCGGCUCCCCGGUGGCUUACCUUUACUCGUGGACCUCCGUGAUGGUAUCCAAGCCCUCAGGCAUGGCCAUAAUCACACUAAGCUUUGCCGAGUAUGCCUCAACUCCUUUCUAUCCUGAAUGCAGCCCUCCUGUCAUUGUCACCAAGUGUCUGGCGGCUGCAGCCAUAGUUUUCAUUGUGACCAUCAACUGUUUCAGUGUCAAACUAGCGAAUUACGUACAAAACAUCUUCACUGCGGCCAAACUUUUCCUCAUCGUCGUCAUAGUGGGAGCAGGCAUUGUUUUCUUGGUGGAAGGAAAAACUGAGAACUUGUCAAAUGCAUUUGAUGGCAAGUCAAUAUCUGUUGGAGGAAUUGGACUUGCCUUUUAUAGUGGACUCUGGGCCUAUGAUGGAUGGAAUCAAGUGAAUUUCAUCACAGAGGAGCUGAAAAACCCUUUCAGGAACAUGCCAUUAGCAAUCCUUACUGGGAUCCCCUUUGUGACCCUGUGCUAUGUGAUGGUCAAUCUUGCUUAUUUCACUGUCAUGACCACCAAUGAACUACUGAUGUCCCCAGCUGUAGCUUUGACGUUUGGAGACAGAGUUCUUUACCCUAUGUCUUGGAUUGUUCCGCUUUUUGUCGUCUUUUCCACUUUUGGUGCUGCCAAUGGAACCUGCUUCACUUCAGGCAGGCUGGCCUAUGUAUGUGGCCGAGAAGGUCACAUGGUCGAAAUUUUAUCUUUUAUUAGUCUGAAGCGCCUAACCCCAUCCCCAGCUCUCAUGUUCAACGGUUUUCUGGCUAUUUUAUACAUAAUUCCAGCAGACAUCAACACCCUCAUAAAUUACUUCAGCUUUGCUCAGUGGUUAUUCAAUGGCCUGACGAUAUUGUCUCUUAUUGUCAUGCGUUUCACUAGGAAGGAGCUGAAAAGACCAGUCAAGGUUCCCAUCAUAAUCGCCGUCCUAAUGGUGCUCAUCUCUUGCUUCCUGGUCCUGGCCCCCAUCAUUGACAAUCCAGCCAUAGAAUUCCUCUACUGUGCUAUCUUCAUUCUCAGCGGGCUCCUCCUGUACUACCCAUUUGUCCACCUGAAAGUCGAGUGGGCAUGCAGACUCAUGAGGCCCAUCACCACAUAUCUGCAGCUCCUGAUGGAAGUGGUUCCUCCUGAGAAAUGUGAGUGA